CUGGAUACUAACUGUGUAAAAUCAGGAUGGGUCUGCCGUACCUGCAAAGCCGCAGAGGCAGUGAUGGAGGCCCAACACUCUGCUAGAGCAACCACAGCCUCACGCAAUACCGUCCGUCUGCGAGACGUCCAGCAACAGCAUCCACCACUGAGUACCCAGGACGCCAUUCCUCAAGAGGUAGAUGAAGGAGAGGAGAUUACUCAGUAUCCCUCCACCAGCCCAUCCCGAUCCCCCUUUAAGCGCCUGCGAGCUCGGAGAAUCGUAGAGAGCUCAUCGUCGGAUGAGGCGGACGAUGAACAAGAAGGCACUCUACGCUCAUUCCGUAUGUCCCGCCGUGCCAGGGCUCAGCCGGUCCAUUCUAGUAUCGCGGAACGCGUCAAACUAUCCAAGGCCGCUACCAGCUCCGCCAGUGCCCGGGAGAGCGCCACGCGUCUAGCACAGGUUCAUCCUCCCCUAGGCGAUGCCGCCCGAGAGUCAUCUGCAUCUGCAUCUGCAUCUGAUAGCAGUGGAUUUCCCCCGUCUGAAGACUUGAGCCCAUCCCUACCGCCGACAUCUACGAACACCGUCCGCAUUGCUGAUCUUGUAAAGGAAGGGAAGGUCAAGGGAUAUAACAUGGAGUUCGGUUCUGGUGCUCCACGUCAUCAGUCAGUGAGCAUUACACUGCCUCUCACCAAAGUAGCGGCCAAGACCCCUCUAGCGAGGCGUGCGUCGUCCCGAUGGGACCGUCAGCCUGCUCCCCAGAUGAGCCAGCAGCCGGCGAACUUGAACGCUCUGCGUGGUGA